ACUUCACUUCAUUGCGCGUGAUAUAACCUUCCAAAAUACAGCUGGUCCACACAAGGGUCAAGCAGUGGCACUACGAUCAGCCUCAGAUCUCUCGGUCUUUUACCGUUGUGCCAUAUCAGCUUGCAACUUGCAACUUGCUUGUGGAAGCGAUGUAAAUCUGAAAUUGUAGAACCCACCGUCAACUCUCGCCGCCACCGUCAACUCUCGCCGCCACCGUCAACUCUCUUCAACCGCCGCCACCGUCAACUCUCUGUUCAACCGCCGCCACCGUCAACUCUCUGUUCAACCGCCGCCACACAACUCGACUCUUUCUUUCUAAGGUUUUCUCUCACCCUCUCAAAUUGCACCGAAUCGUAAUUGUGUUAUCCUGAAAUUACAUUAUUGUGUAAUUGAAAUCAUUGGAAACCAUAACUAUAUGUAUUCACGAUUGCUUUCAAUUUCUUGUGUAGUUAAUUUAUGUAUCCUGAAAUCAAUUUACGAUUUCGAUGGUUUUUAUUUUCUUCAUCAUUGACAGUGUAGUGGUUGUUGUUGUUUGAUGAUUUGUGAAAGAUGAGAAAAAUGAUUAGAAGUUUUUAUUAGGUUAAACCAUAGUGAGAGUAUUCUAAAAUUCAUGUCUUAUUAUUCAGCAAUGUCAUUUAGAUUCAAUUUCUACAUCUCUGCUUAAUUUUCUUCGUCUUCCGGAUUUUAGUUUUGUGGAUAUUGGUAGGCUAGAGUGCUAUCUUUUAUGCUUGUUUAGUGCUAGAAUUAGUUAUGUUCUCAUACUAGUAUGUAUGAUAAAAAUCAAUAUAAUAUUGUAACUAGGUGAUGAAAGAUUGAAUAGCAGGUGGAAGUGAAAAUGUCUAAAUUGCAUAGAUACAAGUAUUUUCUAUGCAGUUUUUGUCUCUGAUAUACACGGCCAAGUAUAAUGUACUCUACUUAUAGUUAGCCUUGUAUUAAAUUUAUAGGAUGAAAUUUUCCGCGCAUUACCUGUUUUGUGUACAAAUUACCUUUACUCCUUUAUAAAACUUUCAUUAUUUGUGAUUGAGAAAAGCUGUUAACAUGCUUUUGUUAGGAAGUUUACUCACAAUGCUUGUUAACCUGCUCAGAAUAUAAAUAGAUUUACUCAUCAGCUCUGCACUUGUGAAGUAGUAGCAGAAAUAGAUUUACAUAGCAAAGAUUGAGACACACUAUAAUAGUGUUAGUUACUAGCUUUUUCAUUCACUCUAUUGUAUAAAUAUAUAUGUGAACUGACUGAUAACAGGUAUCUAUGGAUAAGGAAAAUGGUUUAUUUACUAUCAUGUUAUUCGUGUGAUGUUGUGCUGUGACAGUACACCAAUUUUUACUUGCGAUGGGGAAGGUGGAAGUGGUUUUGCUGCUGCUGCAGCGGCCGCUGCAGCUGGGGGUGCAUCUGGAUAUGAUUUUCGUGUGGAUCCAAACUUGGAUCCUGAAUUGGCUCUUGCCUUAAGAGUUUCAAUGGAAGAGGAAAGAGCCAGGCAGGAAGCAGCUGCCAAAAAGGCUGCAGAGGAUGCUGCCAAACAAGAGAAAGGAGGUGAGCAACAAGCCGGCUCUCAAGAUGCGACAAUGAUUGAGUGUGCCAGUACAUCAACUUCUGAAGCAGAGAAUAAGACAACUGACUUGAUGGAUGAUGAGAAUGCCCUACUGCAGCAAGCGCUUGCAAUGUCAAUGGAUGAACCCACAGUUGGCCAUGACGUAAAAGAUACAUAUAUGUCAGAAGCAUCUGUUGAUGACCCAGAGCUGGCACUAGGCUAUAACAUCCUCAGGAACCAAGAAAGGUGAACUGUUUUUGGGUGAUGUUAAUACCCAGUUGAAGAACAAAAACAUCACUACUGAUAUCAAAGUUUACACAAGUUCUAACCUUUUCACAACUAUCACUGUCAACGAACCUGCUCCUGGUGUGAAGGCUAUUUUAAGCUUCAAAGUUCCUGAGCAAACAUCUGGAAAGGUGGAACUUCAAUACUAGCACGAACAUGCUGGAAUAAGCAGCAGUGUUGGGUUGAAAGCAAACCCAAUUGUCAACUUUUCUAGCGUUAUUGGAACUAAUGCCCUUUCUGUUGGUGUUGAUCUUUCUUUUGAUACCAAACUUGGGGAGCUUACCAAAUCUAAUGCUGCUGUGAACUUUGUCAAAGAUGACUUGAUUGGGUAAUUGACUCUGUAAGUAACUGUUGCUCCUCUGUGCUUGAGUGUAUCAUUUAUUUCCCCCUAUAACAUGAAUGAUAGCCAUUACACGUGGUAGUUAUGGAGUGCUCAAAUUAAUCUAUUGACACAUUUACAAAGUUCUUAAUUAGAGGCUAUUGCAGCACUUCAGUAUAGCAGAAUUUGAACAAAAUGCUAUUGUUUUGUAAUGUGCUAUUUAGAAGCAUAUGGUAGAGGAGGAAGGCAGCUCACAUGAUUCUCAAGCCACCAAAGAUUCUACAAGCUGGAAGAAUGAUGCUUAUUCAAAGGUUAAAGGACCUGAAAAGAGAGGACGAGUGCGUUGUCUUGGCAAGCUUCCCCGGCAUGCUAGUUCUAGCUUGGAAAUCUAGUUUCUGUUCUUCAAAUGCGGUUUUCUUUUCUGAAGAUCCACAAAUUAACGAGGUCUUACGAGCUAUAGCUGAAGAGGUUUGAUUUUGUGUCACCUAUUGACCACAAUUUAGAUUCAAAUAUAUGAAAGUGAAGAUACAUUACCAUUCAAAAUUGUAGAUACAUGAAAGCUGGUGCUUAUGGUGCUUCUGUUGAAUCCUCUUGAAUAUUUUACUUGGUCAUUGAUUAGAUUCAUACAAAAUAGUGGUUUUUCUAGUUAUACUUAUUCAAACAGAAAAUAAGAAAAUGUAGUUGAAAUUCUUUGUUACUAUAUUGAAAUAUUUGAAUUUAAUUGAAA